AUGUCAGGAAUCCUGACCUUUUGGAAGGGAGGGGAGCCUGGGGUCUACAUCCCCCGCUGCUUUCUGCACAGCCUACAUCCCCCGCUGCUUUCUGCACAGUCUACAUACCCCGCUGCUUUCUGCACAGCCUACAUCCCCCGCUGCUUUCUGCACAGUCUACAUCCCCCGCUGCUUUCUGCACAGUCUACAUCCCCCGCUGCUUUCUGCACAGUCUACAUCCCCCGCUACUUUCUGCACAGCCUACAUCCCCCGCUGCUUUCUGCACAGUCUACACCCCCCGCUGCUUUCUGCACAGUCUACAUCCCCCGCUGCUUUCUGCACAGUCUACAUCCCCCGCUGCUUUCUGCACAGUCUACAUCCCCCGCUGCUUCCUGCACAGUCUACAUCCCCCGCUGCUUUCUGCACAGUCUACAUCCCCCGCUGCUUUCUGCACAGCCUACAUCCCCCGCUGCUUUCUGCACAGUCUACAUCCCCCGCUGCUUCCUGCACAGUCUACAUCCCCCGCUGCUUUCUGCACAGUCUACAUCCCCCGCUGCUUUCUGCACAGUCUACAUCCCCCGCUGCUUUCUGCACAGUCUACAUCCCCCGCUGCUUUCUGCACAGUCUACAUCCCCCGCUGCUUUCUGCACAGUCUACAUCCCCCGCUGCUUUCUGCACAGUCUACAUCCCCCGCUGCUUUCUGCACAGUCUACAUCCCCCGCUGCUUUCUGCACAGUCUACAUCCCCCGCUGCUUUCUGCACAGCCUACAUCCCCCGCUGCUUUCCGCACAGUCUACAUCCCCCGCUGCUUUCUGCACAGUCUACAUCCCCCGCUGCUUUCUGCACAGCCUACAUCCCCCGCUGCUUUCUGCACAGUCUACAUCCCCCGCUGCUUUCUGCACAGUCUACAUCCCCCGCUGCUUUCUGCACAGUCUACAUCCCCCGCUGCUUUCUGCACAUCCUACAUCCCCCACUGCUUUCUGCACAGCCUACAUCCCCCGCUGCUUUCUGCACAGCCUACAUCCCCCGCUGCUUUCUGCAUAG